CUUAAAGAUGUGUUUCAGAAAGCCAAGAUCCCGAUACCAAAGCAGUGAAUGCCCUUCAGCGUGAGUUGCGGUGUUAAGAACUACACAGACUGGUUGGAAACACCCUGGUUUAAUCAUAGUGGGAAAUACGAAGUUCCUCUGAGCUGCUGCAACAAAAACUUUCACUCCUGCAAUGGGACUUUAGACUCACCCCAGCUGCUAUAUAAUGAGGGCUGUCAAAUUAAACUUGAGGAGAAUUUACUGCUUGCAGUGCACAUCAUCAUUAUAAUAUCUUUAGUGGUUCUCUUUUUACUGGUAAUGUCUUGGAUUAUAGUGGCACAGCUAGUGAGGCAUCAACCCCCACAAGAGUAUCGAAUCCUGGACCAAGAAUAAAAACGCACUUAUGGAAUUAAAUUCUUGUGAUUUUUCGUCUGAAUGCUUGCACAUUAUAUAUAUAUAUAUAUAUAUAUAUAUAUAUUAUUGUUGAUUACUUUGAUGAUAUAUCAUUCAGUUCAAACUCGUACAAGCUAGUGUCUCUUCACAAUACCUGUUCUUCUAGGAAUAUUUUAUAUGCACGCACAGCAGGGACGUUUUACUUUUACAAAAUAAAACUGAUA